GAAGGCGGGGCGCGGCCGCCAUGCAGGCAGCAGACGCAGGCGCAGGCGGCGGGGCGGGCGGCGCCGACUGCCGGGACGGCCAGGACGGCCAGGACGGCCAGGGCCUCCGGGGCGGUGGGGGCGCGGCGGCAUCUGCAGCCGGCGGAGCUCCGCGCGUCACGCGAGUACAGCACGCCUCAGGGCCGGGGGUAGACGCCGCGUCCACAGCCAGAAGGCUGGAAAGCCGACUACACAUGUUCGCCCUCAGCGUGCCUUUCCCGUCCUCCUUAGAGGCGGAGAUCGCCCAUGGGUCCCUGGCCCCAGAUGCGGAACCCCACCGAGGGGCGGUUUGGAAGGAGCUCUCAGUGAUUGGCAGCGUCCUGGCGGUCCGCUGGAGAGCUGAAGAUUCUCGCCUCCUCCGAAUUUCCAUCAUCAACUUUCUUGACCAGCUUUCCCUGGUGGUGCGGACCAUGCAGCGCUUUGGGCCCCCUGUUUCCCGCUAAGCCUCGGCUGGGGAGAGGGGGCUAAGGUCUAACCUUGUGUCCUGUCCUGGUCAGUGUACCCUCCCUAGGUUCCCGCAGUAGUUGCCACUUUCUUACGGGAGCCUAAUCCUUGGCUGUAUGGCCCUUGGGCGCUCAGGGUCCACUUGUUUUGUUUGGUGCUUAAAUGUUUAUUACAGCAGAAAAUAAAACUGAGCUACUGU